GUGGCGAGGAUGUCACGGCACAGCCGUUUCGAAAGGGACUUCUGCGGUGGCUGGGAGAGGUGGGAGUGGAGUUCCAACGGCAACCACAUGAACACGAGCAACGUCAACAGCGCAAUCAAUGGAAAUGGCAACAACCGGCCUGGACUACUGCCUCUGCCCAUUGUACCAUCUCGUCUUCCUACGCCGACAUCUACCACCUCUACGACGGUCGGCAGCGAUGCGGUGACCAGCAUUGCCAGCAAUCCAGCUGCUGCUUCUGCGUCCAAAACCCCUCUGCUUUCCAAGGCCGAGAAACAAACACAAGGUCAGCUGCUGGCUACCAGUGUGAGGUGGGGGCAGACUCCAAUCAACCAGUCCACGCCAUGGGAUACUGAAGAGCCACAGUCUAAGCAGAUGAGGAAAGCGGAAAAUCCUGAAAUGUUGAAGGAGCUGAACCAGCAGCGUAGAGCGAAAGAGUUUACAGACCUGAAAAUUAUUGUUGAAGGCAAAGAGUUUGAAGUCCAUCAAAAUAUUCUAGCUUCCUGCAGCUUGUAUUUCAAGGACCUGAUUAAAAGGUCAUCUCGGGACCAGGUUAAGAAUGGAGAGAAACUGGAGCUGACUAUGUCCAAUAUCAAUGCUGAAGUCUUGGAACUCUUGCUGGAAUUUGUCUAUAGAGGUUCCUUGAUCAUAGAUUCAGCCAAUGCCAAAAUCCUCCUGGAGGCAGCCAACAAGUUUCAGUUCCACACCUUCUGUAAAGUCUGCGUAUCCUUCUUAGAGAAACAGCUGACUGCCAACAACUGCCUGGGCAUCUUGGCCAUGGCAGAGGCCAUGCAGUGUGUGGAGUUGUACAACAUGGCCAAAGCAUACGCCUUGCAAAACUUCCCCGAGGUAGCGAACCAGGAUGAGAUCCUGAAUAUCUCAAAGGAUGAUUUUGUAUCAUACAUUUCUAACGACAGCCUGAACACCAAAGCCGAGGAGCUGGUAUACGAGGCAGUGAUAAAAUGGAUAAAGAAAGAUCCGGCGAACAGAGCACAGCAUUCCGCCGAAUUGUUGGCCGUGGUCCGUCUACCCUUCAUCCAUCCAAGUUAUCUACUCAACGUGGUUGACAAUGAGGAGUUGAUAAAGUCAUCAGAGGCUUGUCGAGAUCUAGUCAAUGAAGCAAAGCGGUAUCACAUGCUCCCACAUGCCCGUCAGGAAAUGCAGACUCCACGCACAAGGCCAAGACUUUCAGCAGGUGUAGCGGAAGUCAUCGUACUGGUUGGUGGUCGGCAGAUGAUAGGAAUGAAUCAGAGAACAUUAACGGCUGUGACUUGUUUAAACCCACAAAUCAACAAAUGGUACCCACUGGCCAGCCUUCCCUUCUACGACCGGGAAUUCUUCAGCGUGGUCAGUGCAGGAGACAACAUCUACCUAUCAGGGGGUAUGGAAUCUGGUGUAGCUCUAGCUGAUGUCUGGUGCUACAUGUCCUUACUGGAUAACUGGAAUCUGGUCUCCAGGAUGAUCGUUCCAAGGUGUCGACACAACAGUCUGGUGUUCGAUGGCAAAAUCUACACGAUCGGUGGCCUUGGCGCAGCUGGGAACGUUGACCACGUUGAAAGGUAUGAUACAAUUAUCAACCAGUGGGAGACGGUAGCGGCUCUUCCGAAACCGGUUCACUCUGCAGCAGCCACUGUGUGCGGAGGGAAGAUCUACGUGUUUGGAGGAGUCAAUGAAGCGGGCAGGGCGGCAGGGGUCCUGCAGUCCUAUGUGCCUCAGACCAAUACCUGGAGUUUCAUUGAAUCACCAAUGAUCGAUAACAAAUAUGCCCCGGCAGUCACUCUGAACGGCUUCAUCUUCAUUCUGGGAGGAGCUUAUGCCAGAGCGACAACCAUCUACGACCCCGAAAAAGGCAACAUAAAAGCCGGACCCAACAUGAAUCACUCCAGACAGUUCUGCAGCGCCGUGGUCGUGGAGGGAAAGAUCUACGCCACAGGCGGUAUAGUGAGCAGCGAGGGUCCCGCGCUGGGAAACAUGGAGUACUACGACCCCAAAUCCAACACUUGGACUUUAUUACCCAACAUGCCUUGCCCUCUCUUCCGCCACGGAUGUGUAGUCAUCAAGAAAUACAUUCAAAGUGGUUGACAAAACAAAAGAAA